UUUUUUAACCCUAACAUUUGAUCUCCCAAAAAUUCAAUGUAAAAAAAUUCGACGUGGAAGACGCUGCUUCUUUUGUGCCACUAGCACAACUAGUCGAUCUAAGAACACAUCGAUAUCCAGCCAAUCAAGUCAUGAGAACGACAUGACGUCAGCGUUCGGUACGUUUUACAGAAGUCCAAAAGAUGGCAGCAAACUCGGCAGGCGGUUCAUCGUGAUAACAGUGAAAUUGUGCAGUCAAUCCAACGCUUACUGCACCUGGUAACAUCAUCUGGGAGACACCAGAGCACUAACUCUGGUGUUACUACUCACACUGAAGGGGAGCAGAGGCAAGGCAGCCACACUAACAACACUGGACCAGAAAGACCAUCUGUUCAGAUGGAAAUGACACGGUCCUUUCCAGGUAUCUUUGCCCGUGGAAGAGGAAAGCGGCGCUUUCCUGCAGCAAGUUAUAUCCCUGCAAAGAAAAUUAAACCAUUGGAAGUGGUCUUUCACUUGUUGCCUAAACAAUAUGAGAGAAGUCCAUCUGAAGAAGAGCAGAUAGUCCACCUGCAGGCAGGGUUGGGUCGCAGGACUGCUCAACUAUAUGAAAGCACAACACAUGAUGAGCUGUGUGAAGCCCUCAAUGUUUUGUUUCCAAAACUGGCAGCAGUUACUGGUGGUUGGUUGGUGUACAAGUGUCGAGGCGGAUGGGGGAGCCGAAAACUCUCUUUAGUGGCACCUGAUAGCACCGGAUACACAGGCAAGAUCUUAAAAUUGGCAAAUAAGAAUGGCAAUGCAACGUUAUUCAUAGCGCCAAUACAAGAAGAGCUCAGCACCGACCCUCUUCACCCAACUGAUAAGGCAUUCAGCAGCAUGCCCAAAGCCACAUGUCAGAAGUGUACAGAAGCAGUUCCCCUUCAACUUCUCACAGUACACAUCCAGUCUUGUGCUGGUGUGGAUGCCAAUGAACCAGUGGUGAACAAAUCAUUGCAGCAAUGUCCUCUAUGCACGGAAAUGUUUUCCACUGACUUCAUCGAGGAGCAUGCUUCUUCAUGUGGAGAAAGGUUGGCUAACCAUCAGUGACCCCAUAAAAGCCAUGUCUGCAUGUGCAAGUUUUUAUCGCCGUAUUCAUGAAAGGGAAAGUCCAUUGGUUUUGAGCAUGGACCUGAAACAGACCCCAGCUCAACAGGAUUUGGCCCUUGUUUUAUUUUACAAGCGGCCUAAUGUAGAGUGGGCACGUCCCCUGAAUUGCAGACUGGAAGGGGAUACUGCUGUUGGACAGGGAGUCACUCGUUACUUUAUCUCCACAUGUAUGGAGAAACUGAAAUCUGGAUUUUGCAUCAAUUUUGCAAAUUCCAAUGUUACAUGCCUUUUUGAAGGACCACCUGGCCAUUUAGUUCCCUCAGCCUCUCACUUUCUCGUGGAGAGUGACAUGUUCCUGGUGGCAGGGAGAAUGAUUGGCCACUCCUUCAUACAUGAAGGACCCUGCUUGUCUGGGCUCAGCCCCGCUGUUGUCCAUGUCCUACUUGGUGGGAGCCCUGAAACGGCAACCGUUACACUGGAGGACUGCGCAGACCUGGACAUCAGAGAGAAAAUCGAGCUUCUUGAAGGGGACAAUGCACUUUCUGAUGCUGAAAGAGCAAGGGUUCAGGAAUUGGCCUAUGCGUGGGACCUUCCUUGCUUGACAGAGAGCAAUAAAAAAUGGCUUUUUGAGAAGCUGUUGAUCCAUGCUGUCAUUGGACGUGUCACAAGGCAAAUUAAACAGCUGAGACGAGGGCUUAAAGAGACUCCAGUGUGGACAGUGCUUACCAAGCGACCUGAAACUGCAGCCUUGAUUUUUCCAAGUGAAAGAACAGGCGACAUUUGUCCUGAGAUAUUUCUUCAACGCAUCAGUUGGCCAAAGGAGGAGGAAGAUGAAGAUGAUGAUUGGUCUGCUGAAACCAAAAGCCGCAUCAAGGGGUAUCUUCAGGAGUUCAUUAAAAAUGGAACGGCAGUUGAAUUGAUGAAUUUAGCCAAAUUUUGGACUGGAUGGGAGAUUUUACCGAAGAGCCUGUCUGUGGAGAUCGUCAGAAGCAGCUAUCCCACAGCCUCCACAUGCUAUGAGACCUUAAAAAUUCCAGGUCAUUACAGAGACUACAGAUCUUUCAGAUGUGAUCUCCUUGCCUGUAUUGAGACUUGUCAUACAGGAUUUGGGCUCCUGUAAAUUCUUGGGUUUGUUUUAUGUUCUUAAAAAAAGGUUUUGUUAAGAUCAGGAAGUUUGUUGUGGCAUUGAAUGUCACGUGUUUUACUGUUUUUGUUAAAAAAAAAAGAUUGAGAUUUUGCUCUCAAAUAAACCACUGAUGAAACUGA